AUGAGCAAGGUCGUCUUCGUCGGAAAUGUUCCCUACAACAUGGGCGAGGAUCAACUCAUAGAUGUGUUCAAAUCCGUUGGCGAAGUCAUCGGCUUCAGACUUGUAUUCGAUAGAGAAACAGGAAAAGCGAAAGGCUACGGGUUUUGUGAAUUUGCCGAUCAUGAAACAGCAAUGUCGGCCGUUCGCAAUCUGAACAAUGUCGACGUCGGUGGCCGGCCUUUGCGCAUAGAUCUUGCGGAUUCCGACCCAUUCCUUGAAGGCAAGACCACCGUCAGGGGCGAAAUCAUUGACGGUGGUGAGACCAGGGCUCAAUGGCGUGAGCGUGAGCGAGAGCGUGAUGACCGUGACAAAAGUACCGGCAGUUUUGCGUCAAGCACCGGCGGCCUAUCAAGAACGGAUUCGAACACAAGCAUCGGGGGCUUGCCCCCUGGGAUACCCGUACCGCCUGGCAUUACUGCGGAAGACAUGAUCACUGAAAACCUCGCCCAUAUACCUCCAGAUCAACUAAUGGAAGUGCUCGCCCAGAUGAAGGCUUUCAUCAUCACACAUCCGGACCAAGCGCGACAGCUCCUCGUAUCAAAUCCUCAGCUCGCUUAUGCACUGUUUGAGGCGCUACUUCUCAAUAACAUUGUUGAUCAAGAGAUAUUGAACGUGAUGCUUGCCGCAUCUGUUCGUUCCCGUGGCUCAGCCCCACCCUCUGUGGCAAGCCCAUAUACGCAACCUCUGCCCUACCAACAACCUGCGCCCUCAAUACCCUAUACCCAGCCAGCAGUGCAGCCAACGCAGCAUGUGCAACCACAGCCCCCCAUGCUACCCACCUCUGGGGCUCCGUAUGCUCAACCGCCGGUAGUGCCUCCGUACACCGCAUAUCGCUCCGCGCCACCCUCCGUACCUGCGCCGCCGCAAACGCCCACACAAACCGCGACUCUACCUGUGCAAGAUUACGGUGAUCCGGCCCAAAGAGACAUGCUCAUGCGGAUCCUCAGCCUCACUCCGGAGCAGAUAUCGUCUUUACCGCAACAAGAACGCGAUGGCAUCCAACAGAUUCGGAACCAAGUCAAAUCCUUGGGCAGCAUUCCAGUAUGA